CCUCUUUGGCUGAUGCCGUAUGUACGCGGAAGUGCCGCCCAAAAAACCCGCCGUCGUAACUGCUUUCAAAACACGUAGGGGCAUGUAUGUUACACUGCUGAGUGGCUUACAAUCAGGGUGGCUGUUACUUUUUUAGGCAGAAAUACUCACUGAUCUGAUCUAAAAAGAUCGCAGGGAUGUAGAGCUCUUCAGAAAACAGCCGAUAUCGUUACAACCCGAACUGUGCUGCCAGGAAGUAAAUCAUUUAGGAUGGAGAAUGGGGUGGCAUCUACAAAAGAAGAGGGUUUCCUCUCCAGAAUGGCCCUCAAUGACAACAAAGCUGGCAUGGAGGGUCUCGACAGAGACAAGAUCAACAAGAUCAUCAUGGAGACCUCCAAGGGAUCUAAGUUUUAUGAGAAUGAGCUAAAGAGAGAUCAGCAGGUGAACCAGCGCAUUGAGAAAAUGAUGCUACAGAAAGCACAGAUCACAGAGCAACAGUUAAAAAAAGCGCAAGCUCAGGUGGAAAAGGUGGCCGCAGCACUGGAGAAGAGUCGUGAUCUAAGCCGUGUGAUUGUACAUGUGGACAUGGAUGCUUUCUAUGCUGCUGUUGAAAUGAGAGACUGUCCUGAACUGAAGGACAAGCCCAUGGCUGUAGGAUCCAUGAGUAUGCUGUCGACCUCUAACUAUCAUGCCAGGAAAUAUGGGGUUCGAGCUGCCAUGCCUGGCUUCAUUGCAAAGAAACUUUGCCCCAAUUUAGUCAUUGUUCCAGCUAACUUUGAUAAGUACAGAGCUGUGAGUGGUGAGAUCCGGGAGAUUUUUGCAGACUAUGACCCGCACUUUCAGCCAAUGAGUCUGGAUGAAGCUUAUCUAGAUUUUACAGAACACGUGGAACAGAGGCAGCAUUGGCCAGAGUCGGCACGUACGCAUCGCUUCCGUGCCAGAGACAUCGCUGCAGGUGAGACAAAGACUGAGCUUUCCCAGGAAGCUGCGACAGAGGAGAGAGACCUGUCCCCUGUACUGUUUGAGGACAGCCCAGGCUCCUCUCCCAGCCUGAUGGGCCCUGAAGGUGUGUGUGCUCCUGGAGGUGAUGUCGAGGUGUUUGGGACAUCUGUUGAAGAGGCUGUGCGCGAGAUGCGCUUCCGCAUCGAACAGAAGACAAUGCUGACUGCCAGUGCAGGAAUUGCUCCAAACAUGAUGCUGGCUAAAGUGUGCAGUGACAAAAACAAACCCAAUGGCCAGUACAGACUCCCAUCUACCAGAGAGGCAGUGAUGGACUUCAUUCAGAAUCUGCCAGUUCGCAAAGUUUGUGGCAUAGGAAAGGUGAGUGAGAAGAUGCUGAACGCGUUGGGUGUCAGUACCUGUUCCCAUCUUAGCCAGAAGAUGGCGAUGCUGUCAUUGUUGUUCUCAGAGACAGCCUGGCAUCAUUUCCUGGAGGUUUCUCUGGGUCAGGGCUCCACAUAUAUACCCAGACAUGAAGAAAGAAAAAGCAUGAGCACAGAGAGGACAUUUAAAGAACUGAGUAAAGCCGAGGAGCAGUUGUCUUUGUGCAAGGAGCUCUGUGAAGACCUCGCAGACGACAUGAGGAAAGAGGGUCUGAAGGGUAAAACGGUAACACUGAAGCUUAAGAAUGUGAACUUCGAGGUGAAAACCAGGGCAAUGACGCUGCCGUAUGCUGUUGCUACAGUGGAUGAGAUCUUUGCUGUUGCUAAGGACCUGCUGAAAACGGAAAUAGAAAAUGAAAGCCCUCAGCCACUCAGACUGAGGCUCAUGGGUGUUCGAAUUUCUGCCUUUGUCAGUUUGGAUGACAAAAAGCCCCUGCAGAAGAGCAUCAUCGGCUUUCUUCAGACUGGCAAGACAGACGGCAGCAGUUCUUCCCAAGGGAUGCAUCAAAAACUGGGGAAUGAGCAUCUGUCCGAUCACUCCUUCCCAACCUCACUGCUUGUGUGCCCUCCAGUGGAACAGAAACACCAGAGACAAGACGACGUUCCCUGGCGGAGUAAGCAGAGGCAGUUAGAGGGGAGCCAGGCUGGUGUGGGACCGCAGCAGUCUUUCUUUCAAAUGGCUCAUGUUAGAAGACUGCAACUCCAGGCGGCAAAUGCAGCCACACAAAAUGAGGGGGACGGGGAAGACGCUUCAGUGAUUGCUAAAGCAGGGACUUCGGCAAAGGCAAACGAGAAUAAACGUUCAGUCCCUGAACUUUCAGAAAAUCCUACUCCUGUACAGGCGCAUGCAUCCACAUCAGCCUGUGCAGAGUCAGAAACCCUCACAUGUCCCGUGUGCUUCAGACAGGUGGAAACCACCGACCUGAACGUCUUCAACACGCAUAUAGACCAAUGUCUCAGUGAUGCCUCUCAAAAAACAAACCAUGGCACAGAGUCAGACACAGAGUCAGAGCUGGAUCCAAAGGAUGACCAUAAAGAAUGUGUAGCAGUGGACAAACUGAGGAGGGAGCACGAGGCUGAAGAGGAGAAGUCAAAAGUUCAUGCUCAGGAAGGCCAGUGCAGCGUAAAAAACAAUUCUGCUCCAAAGGUUUCGCUGAUUAAAGGCGACAACAAAACUGUGAUGUCACAAAAGCCUCAGCCAUCUAAUAGCAAAGGUCCCAUCUUCGUCUGCCCGGUAUGUCAGCUGACCCAGGACACUGAUGACCUCGCUGUCUUCAACCACCACGUUGACCUCUGCCUGAACCAGGAGGUCUUACAUGAGCUGGGGAGACAGACAUCAUCCUCCAUAAAUCUAUCUCCAGUUAAAAAUAGCAAGACUACAGACAGAGGACAUCUUCUGCCAAAGCAAGCAAGUAAAUGCAAAAGUAAAAGACGGGACACGCCUUCCUCUCCUCCAUCUAAAAAGGUUAAAAGCCUCGGUCCUUGCAACACCAUAGAUAAGUUCUUCAGGUGACAAUCAUUCAUGGACAGCAUCCAGCCUAAUGUGGAUGAACUGACAACGUUUUUCUGCAGAAAGUAAAAUGCUGCUCUUCUAUUCCCCUGCAGCAGGUUUUAUACAUCCUUAAAAUCACUGCACACAAAGCUCGUUAUUAAGAAGCUGAGCACUGCAAUAUAAUAAUAAUAACAGACAUACUAGGCAAUAUAUUAAAUGAAAGAUGAAGGUAAGUCUAAUGAAUGUUUUAAAUGCAUUCUUUAAUGGUCAGGGUAUUUUUCUUUUUUUUAAUUUAUCUUCAUUAAGUUAUUUUACUAUGAUAUUGUCAUAUUUGUAUUUCUGUGCCUCUGUUAUGUAUACCUUUUUAUAAUGAAGAAAAGAGAAUUUUUCUAUCAUCUAAAUUGUUGCAAUAAAUUAUUCUGCUGAAAUCUCA